CGGUCCAAACCCGGAAGUAAGCUCUUUGGAGGCCUGUAUCGAGACUAUUUUCUCUCUCAAGAUGGGGAAGACGGACUUCUUGAGCCCGAAGGCCAUCGCCAACCGCAUCAAGUCGAAGGGCCUGCAGAAGCUGCGCUGGUAUUGCCAGAUGUGCCAGAAGCAGUGCCGCGACGAGAAUGGCUUUAAAUGCCACUGCAUGUCAGAAUCUCACCAGCGACAGUUGCUGCUUGCUUCUGAAAAUCCACAGCAAUUCAUGGAUUAUUUUUCACAGGAAUUCCGAAAUGAUUUCUUAGAGCUUCUCAGAAGACGAUUUGGGACGAAGAGAGUUCACAAUAAUAUUGUAUAUAAUGAAUACAUUAGUCACCGGGAACAUAUCCAUAUGAAUGCCACCCAGUGGGAAACGCUGACAGAUUUUACCAAGUGGCUUGGAAGAGAAGGCUUCUGUAAAGUGGAUGAAACGCCCAAAGGCUGGUACAUCCAGUACAUCGACAGAGACCCUGAGACGAUCCGUAGGCAGCAGGAGCAAGAAAAAAAGAAAAAACAAGAUCUUGACGACGAAGAGAAAACAGCCCGGUUCAUUGAAGAACAAGUGAAGAGGGGCUUGGAAGGGAAAGAACAGCAGGAGGAACCUGUCUUCACAGAAUUAAGCAGAGAAAAUGAGGAAGAAAAAGUUGUAUUUAAUUUGAACAAAGGAGCAAGUACGUCAACAGCUGCGCAUCCAAAAGCCAAUGUGCUAGGAUCCAGUGCUCUGAAGGCAGCAGGAACAGUGCCCACGGUGAAGCGUAAAGAACCUCCUUCUAAUCCGGGGCAGACUAAGAAGAAAAAAUCAGCCCUCGAUGAAAUCAUGCAGUUUGAAGAAGAGAAGAAAAAAUCAAACAGAACAGACUAUUGGCUACAGCCAGACAUUGUGGUCAAAAUCAUCACAAAGAAACUCGGUGAGAAAUACCACAAAAGGAAGGCAGUUAUAAAGGAAGUAAUUGACAAAUAUACUGCGGUUGUCAAAACAAUUGAUUCUGGAGACAGGCUGAAACUUGAUCAGACUCAUCUAGAGACAGUGAUUCCAGCACCUGGCAAAAGGGUGCGUGUUUUGAAUGGUGGCUACAGAGGACAAGAAGCGACUUUGCAGGGCAUUAACGAGAAAACGUUUUCAGCAACCAUAAUCAUUGAAUCGGGGCCUCUGAAAGGACGUCAAGUUGAGGGCAUCCCAUAUGAAGACAUUUCGAAGUUGGCUUGAGAUCAGCAGAAGAGCAGAUGGAUUCUGGGAUAUAUGGCCUGAGGAACCCACAGGUUAAGAACAGCACUGCACUAGACUCCACUGUGUCGGAGUUCUGAACUUGAUUCAUACUGAAAAUUGAACAGGAUUUUUAGUACCCUCUUGUUAGUCACAGUAGGUCUUUCAGAUUAUACAAUUAUAGCCCUUCAGUGCCACUUUAACUGUCAUGGUUUCAGCCUAUGGAAUCCAAAGAUUUUUAUUUUCAUGAGGAAUUUAGGAUUGUCUUCCAGGGAUUUUUAUGGCCUUACCAGACAACAAAUUCCAGACGCCAUGGCAGUUAAAGUGCUGUAAUUAUAUAGUAUGAAAUAGACCCAGGUCUUUUCUGUAUCAUUGUAACACUUUCUCCAUGCCUUUUUACACUUUGCAGCUAGAAAUCUUCUAUAUUUCUCCUGCAUGAUCCCUUGUCAGAUAUGAGUAGUUCUGUCUUCUCUUUGUAGCUGAUACUUCUUGCAAAAUGUAAGGUAGAUAAGCUGCAAGAACUGGGUUCCUCUACCAGUAGGAUUAAAGAUAGUUUUUGACAUGGACCUAACACCUUUGGUAUCAGCCUUCCUUGUUGUAGUACGUUCUACUUAUUUUGAACCACAUCUCCUGUGGAGCCAUGCUGUGAUGAGGGUUGUAAUCCAGCACACCUUGGAGAGGAGUUCUGCACAGUAUAUGCUGAUUUCCUAUGCUGACAAAUUGAUCUCCCUACUCCAAUGGUCACAGAUAGUGUUGGAGAAUCUGAGCUGUCAAAAUAAACCUCAGUUGGGGUGAUUCCGUCUUAAAUAUAGCAGCGUACCAGAAGUAAACUUCAUAACCAGCAGAAACGUACAUGUGAUGAGCUGGGAUAAGCUUUUAUUCAACAAGAUGAUACAGGAUUGCAAAGUCAGGACUUUAGGUUCAAAAAUAUUUAUUGAAGUAAAAGAUAGGAAAGGUCUUGGAACUAACUAGCUCACUAAAUCUCAUCUUCUAAAGAAAGGUAAAAAGAAAAGUCAAAAAGUAAAAAAAAAAUCCAUGCAGCUACAUUUUGCCUAAAGAGAGAGGCAAAAUGUGUCCCCAGUGGAAGGAAGAAAAGGCAGAAGAGACAAUUGUGGAUGGCCACAUGGCCAAGACUAGGACAAUAAAAAUACCUUUAAAAAGGAAGUUCCCUCACAGAGAUUCCAUAGCUACAUCUUCAAAGGAGGAGGAGACAGUGACUGGCAGGAGGAAGAAAGACAAAGCCCUUGUGGUAAACAUGCACAGGAAUGUGGGCAAGGAAUCCCUCAGCCUAAUCCUAUCUCUAGUCUAGCUACUCAUGCAGGACUGGAGACCUGAUGACACAAGAGACUUGUGCAGUCCAGGAAUGAAAUCUAACAGAUAGCUGUAAUUGCAGUUCACAGUUCUUAAACCUUUGCAUUCCAGUUC